AUGGAUCAGAACAGCCGCACCAUUAUCAUCUUGGAUGAUGUUUGGGAGGAUCUUCAUGAUCUAGAUAAACUUGGAAUUCCCAGCGGUAGUAACCAGAACCAUUGGUGCAAAGUGAUAUUGACAACGCAUUCCCGAAAUGUUUGUGAGGCAAUGGAAGCUCAGAAUAUCAUGGAUGUUGGAAUGUUAUCUGAAAAGGAAGCAUGGUGCCUUUUCAAGGAGAAAGCUGGUGAUUCAGUUGACAUUUCGUCUAUUCAUGACACAGCAAAAAAGGUUGACAAAGAAUGCAAGGGGUUGCCAUUUGCAAUUAUUACAGUUUCAGGAGCACUAAAGCGUAAAACUAAGCCUUCAUGGGAAGAUGCCUUUAUACAAUUACGUGAUGCAGAACCAAAAAAUAUCCCUAGAGUGCACACAAAGGUGCAUAAAUCUCUGAGGCUAAGCUACGACCACUUGGGAGAGAAUGAAGCAAAGUACCUCUUUUUGUUUUGUUCUUUGUUCGACGAAGAUCGUGAUAUUUGGAGUGAAGAAUUGAAGGAUUUUUUUGAUGAAAUGAUUAACCUCAAUGUCUUGAGCCUGAGGGGACAGAUUUGUGGAGUCCAUUAUGUCUUUUCCAUCAUCGAUUCGGAGGUUGUCAAGUCUGAGAACGCUGUGCGUGAGUAA